CCUGCCACGCGCUCGCCCAUCAACUUCUCGCUAGGGGCGCUCCCACGGCGCACCCGCCUAUUUCUUCCUCCCUCCUUCCCUGUUCUCUCCUCCCGCCAUCAUCUCCGCCGCUCGCGCCCCAGUCCCUCUUUUUGCCCCACGUUCUUUGUAACAGCCAGCAGCACCCGCAGCCAUGUUCUCCAAGACCCUUGCCGCCGCCGCCGUCGUGGCGCCCUUCUUCGUUCGCAGCGCUUUAGCCGGUGACUGUGUCCGCUGGGCCACCCCCGAGGAUGGCCAGACCUGCGACGGUCUCUCCGCCAAGCACGGUGUCUCCACCUACCAGCUCGCGAUCAUCAACGCGGGUGUGAUCAACGAGGAUUGCACGAACCUCAUCUCCGGCCAGUCCUACUGCAUUGGUUACGACGCCGAGGACUGCUCGGACGUCUGGGUCGUCGAGGCGCAGCAGACCUGCGGCGACAUCACCGGCGCGACCGGCCUCAACCAGACCCUCCUCCAGGAGAACAACCCGCAGAUCGCUGACGACUGCUCGAACCUCUACGUCGGCGAGGUCCUCUGCGUCGCCGACCACGCCGUGCACCCUCCCGCGAACGGCGACUGGAUCCCGGCGCAGACCGUCCCCGCGACCGCGACCGCCGCUGCGUCCGCGACGCCCACCACGACCAGCGAAGCCGCGCCCACCACCGAGGCACCCGCCACCACCGAGUCGCCGACGACCUGGUCCGAGGCUGCCCCGACGUCCAGCGCCGCGGAGGAGAACGACGACGGCUACGACCCGAACGACGAGUCGACCUGGCCGUACUGCGACGAGCUCUAAGCGUCUCGCCCCUCGUGCCGUGAUGCUCUCCCAGCAUCCCGCUGAGAGGCCUCCUGCGGCGAGCUCCAAAACAGCCUGGUCUCUUGGCGCCGUCCCUGGACACCCGACUCACGCAUGACACUGCUCCUGUUCCUGUUCUCACC